UCUGAAUACUGUUCGUGUAAUACUCAAGAAUGAGUCCGUCGGUAAGGACAUGAUGAGGGACGCAGGGUUUGAUUUCGACGACGAAAUCUUUGGAGCAACAACUUGUAGGGAAAUCAGGAUUGAACAGUGGUUUAUGAAGUUCCAUGUGAAGGAUGAAACAGAGAGACAGAUUAUAAAGAAGUACCAGGGGGAUUUGUUUUUUCAGAAGCAUCAGUAUUCUGAAGCUCUCUCCGUGUAUCAAGAGUCUCUGCAGUGUUUGACAUCAAAUAAUACAGUUCUAGAAUGGGAGUUAACAGAGUCUAUGGCUUUGUGCUUACUGAAACAAGAUAAGCCUGAUGAUGCCUUAUCUCUUGUCAGGGGGAUGAUGCAUGUCAACCAAGAAAAUGAAUCAUCAUACUGGUAUUUACUGUACCAAAUUUAUAGAGCCAUGGGAAAUAUUGAAGGCGAAAUAGAAACUCUUCAAAGAUGUGCAACCCUUCACUCCUGGAAUGCUCAGUUUUGGUUCUCUUUAGCUCUGGCAUAUGAAAAGGCAUCUGUUAGCUGCAGUAACCUGUGUCAGGAUGAAGAUGUAACAAAAGUUGAAAGGGAAAGAAUUUCUUUUAAGAAGCACAAUCCGGCUAUAGAGAACUGCACAAAAAGGCAUUUAAAUGGAGAAAGUCAGUCUCAAGAAGGGUGUUGUAUGUAUACAACAAAAUGUCCGUGUCUUUCAACUAAAAAACAGAUACAAAGUUUGACACAAACAGAACCUUACUGCCUGGAUGAAGAAAAGAUAAGAAAUCACUCGGCAAAUGUGGAUACUGGAGAGCAGGACUCCUCUGUUACUCAGUCAGAUAAAAAAACAGAACUUCAAGAUCAAUCUAUUUCAUGUCUGUGCAAAGGAUGUUCAGAUUCACUUGCAGAUGGUAGUGAUCUCUAUUUGUUUUCAAGCAACAAAAAAUAUCUGCUGGAAGAAUGUGAAUGUACCAGGAAAAGAUUAAAGUGGAGGAAUCAUGCUCUUUCAUUUGGCUCUCUUGUUAAAACUAGGUUCUUCCUUGAAAAAUCUAUAGAGUCAUCUUCAUCAUUUGCAAAGGAAAAAAGUAGCAUUCUUCUCAGAGAGGUGAAUAGCAGGAUUGCAGGUCAUGCAGAAUGUGGUUGUGCCCACCUGAUUGAAAAAGUCUUGGAGAUGUUGUACAGUUCUGUUGCUGCAAGUGGACAAACACAAUUAGACCAGGAACAGAGUGAAACAAAACUAAAGGAGAGCAGAUCAGAAACAAUGUCCACAGAAAGUGUCACAAAUUCCUAUGUGUUUGAACAAAAGUGGUUCAGUGACUUACUCUCCUACAUGGAUGCAAUUUAACACUCUCAUUCUAUGAAAUGUCUUCAGACAUUUUAAGUGAAUUGUAUACUAUAUAAAUAAAUUGAAAUAAAACAAUUAUUGAUUCAAAAUGAAA